CAAAUUCAUUGUUUACUUGUCUUAUAGGAAUUUUCCUUAUUUUACAAAAACAAAAGAAAUAAAAGAAAAGAAAAUUGGUGCUUGUUUUUCCAAAUUAGUACGCUAAUUUUAUCACUAUUGUAUGCACUAUUUUGUUAUUUGACUUUGUAAAUGCAUGAAUUAAAGAGUGUUUAAAAAUCAGUAUCUUAUACUAUAUUAUUUAAUAGCGCACGGAGGAGAAACCAAAAUAUACACAAAGUUAGAGAAAAAAAGAAGAGAAAAGGAGUUAUAUAUGGAUUGUAUUUUACUUAUUCUGACUACUCUUGUUGCCAUUUUCAUCGUCAAGAUUGUUCUCCUAGUCACUAAACCUAACAAAAACCUUCCACCGUCGCCAAAUAUAUGUUUUCCGAUCAUCGGACACCUUCACCUCCUCAAAAAGCCACUGCUACACCGGACUCUCAGCCAUCUCUCCCACUCCCUCGGCCCCGUCUUUUCUCUACGCCUCGGCUCUCGCCUUGCCGUUAUCAUCUCAUCUCCAACGGCAGCCGAAGAAUGCUUCUUGACGAAAAACGACAUCGUUUUAGCAAAUCGGCCUCGUUUCAUCAUGGGCAAGUAUGUGGCUUAUGACUACACCUCCAUGGUUACGGCUCCUUACGGUGACCACUGGCGAAACCUCCGUCGUAUCACCGCUUUAGAAGUCUUCUCCACAAAUCGACUCAACGCUUCAGCGGAAAUCCGACAUGACGAAGUUAAGAUGCUUCUCCAAAAGCUUCACGAUUUAUCUGUCGAACGCCCGGCUAAAGUGGAGUUACGACAGUUACUAACGGGUCUUACCCUAAAUGUGAUAAUGAGAAUGAUGACCGGAAAGAGAUUCUUCGAGGAAGAUGAUGGCGGAAAGGCGGGGAUAAGUUUGGAGUUCCGGGAACUAGUGGCGGAGAUUCUAGAGCUCUCUGCGGCGGACAAUCCAGCUGAUUUUUUGCCGGCUCUACGGUGGUUUGACUACAAAGGUUUGGUCAAGAGAGCAAAGAGGAUUGGAGAAAGGAUGGAUAGUUUAUUACAAGGGUUUUUGGAUGAGCAUAGAGCUAACAAAGACAGAUUGGAGUUUAAGAACACCAUGAUUGCUCAUUUACUUGAUUCUCAAGAAAAAGAGCCUCAUAACUACAGUGAUCAAACCAUCAAAGGUCUUAUACUGAUGAUGGUAGUAGGAGGCACAGAUACAUCGGCCUUAACCGUGGAAUGGGCAAUGUCAAAUUUAUUGAAUCAUCCACAAAUACUAGAGACCACGAGACAAAACAUUGAUACUCAAAUGGAAACAUCAAGUAGUCGUCGUUUGUUGAAAGAAGAAGAUUUGGUAAACAUGAACUACUUGAAAAAUGUUGUGUCGGAGACACUAAGACUUUACCCUGUGGCACCACUUAUGGUUCCUCAUGUGCCAUCUUCUGACUGUGUAAUCGGUGGAUUCAACGUUCCACGUGAUACGAUCGUGUUGGUUAACUUGUGGGCUAUACAUCGAGAUCCAAGCGUGUGGGAUGAUCCAACGUCAUUUAAGCCGGAGAGAUUUGAAGGGAGUGAUCAGUUUGGACAUUACAAUGGUAAAAUGAUGCCGUUUGGGUUAGGAAGACGGGCUUGUCCUGGGUUGAGUUUGGCUAACCGGGUUGUUGGGUUAUUAUUGGGUUCGAUGAUUCAGUGCUUUGAGUGGGAAAGCGGCUCAGGAGGUCAGGUUGAUAUGACUGAAGGUCCAGGACUUAGUUUGCCUAAGGCUGAACCAUUGGUUGUCACGUGCAGAACACGUGAGAUGGCUUCCGAGUUGUUGUUCUUCGGAUCAGAGCCAAGCAAUAAGAAUGUCUAGAUUUGAUUUUAUAAAUUUGUAAGUUAAUACAUUAUUACAUGCAUAUAUGAUUCAGUGAUUUAUUAAGCAGCAAAAUGUUUGGAGACACUUUUUUUUUUUUUUUGGCAGCCAAGCAAUAUGGGACUGCUUUUUAUAUCACUUUAUUGUAAUCAUGUAAUGUCAUAUGCAAUGUUGGUUGAGAAAAAAACAGUGUCCACAUAAAUUUGUUCUUAUCAUGGAUAUUUUGAAAGUUAGAAAGUUGUUCUUAUCACAA